AUGUCAACUAUAACUGAAAAUGAAGUUAAUGUUGAUAAAGUAGUUCAAUCAGUUACCAACGCUACCAAAAGAUUAUCCCAGAUAUCAACCAAUACUAAUAAUAGUAAUACUAAACGGAAAACUCAGAAUCGAAUAGGGCCCUGGAAGUUAGGUAGAACUUUAGGUAGAGGAUCAACUGGUAGGGUUAGAUUAGCUAAAAACAUUAAUACUAAUAAAUUAGCCGCUGUUAAAAUUGUUCCAAAAUCCAAUUUCAAAAAACUUGAAAAUCCAAAAUAUAGAAGAAAUGAUGAUCAAGAUGUUGAUAGAUUACCUUAUGGGAUUGAAAGAGAAAUAGUUAUCAUGAAAUUAAUAAGUCACCCUAAUAUAAUGGGACUUUAUGAUGUUUGGGAAAAUAAAAAUGACUUAUACUUAAUCUUAGAAUACAUCGAGGGAGGAGAAUUAUUUGAUUAUUUAAUUAAAAGAGGUAAAUUACAAGAAUUUGAAGCAAUUAACUAUUUCAAACAGAUAAUCAAUGGUAUAAAUUACUUACACCAAUUCAAUAUUUGUCAUCGAGAUUUAAAACCAGAAAAUUUACUAUUAGAUUUUAAUAAAAAUAUCAAAAUUGCUGAUUUUGGUAUGGCAGCUUUAGAAGUUAAAGAAAAAUUAUUAGAAACAAGUUGUGGUAGUCCUCAUUAUGCCUCCCCCGAAAUUGUUGCUGGUAAAAAUUAUCAUGGUGCUCCUUCGGAUAUUUGGUCUUGUGGGAUUAUUCUCUUUGCUUUAUUAACUGGUCAUUUACCUUUUGAUGAUGAAAAUAUAAGAAAAUUAUUAUUAAAAGUUCAAAAUGGUAAAUUUAUUAUGCCAGCUAAUUUAUCUUGGGAAGCAAAAGAUUUAAUCAAUAAAAUGUUACAAGUUAAUCCAAAUGACCGUAUUACUAUUGAUUCAAUUUUAAAACACCCCUUAUUAACUAAAUAUCCUGAACCAGUUUUGCAUAAUGUAACCUCAACAACUACUUUGGAUUUUAAAAAUUCGAAUAUUAAACCAAUUCAAUCAGUUGAUAAAAUUGAUAAAGAAAUUUUGAAAAAUUUAUCAGUUCUUUUUCAUAAUUGUGAUGAAGCUUCAAUUAUUAAUAAAUUAAUUUCUCCUCUGAAAAAUCCUGAAAAAAUGUUUUAUUACUUACUAAUGAAAUAUCGUAAUGAACAUCAUUCCAAUUUGAACUAUCAAGAUGAUGAUGGUCAACCUUUUCAAAACUCAAAUCUUCCAAGAUCAAAUUCAAUCAUUAAUCCUUCAACUGGUGAAAUUAAAAUCUUGAAAAAUACUAAAAAUUUUACUGCAUCCACUUCCUUCACUAAGAAAAAAUCAAAUAUAAGUCAAACCUCCUCUACAAAAUCAAUUAAAAAAUUGAUUCAACCUCCAAAAAGAAAAUUGACCGGGCCAAUUAACUUGGCUGAUCUUUCUGCCCAGCUUGAAAAUACCUCUGCCAAUGAUUCUUUCAAAAAGGAACCCGUUGAAACUCCAAAAAGACAAUCACCGAAAAGACAAUCGCCCAAGAGACAAUCUCCUAAAAGGCAUUCUCCAAUGAAACCAUCUCCUAAGCGACAAUCUCCUAAACGACAAUCUCCUAAAAGGCAAGCUUCUAAAAAUCAAAAUAAUAAAUCAAUCAUAAAUUUUGAAAAGAUCUGUCAAGAUGUUUUCAAUGGUGAAAUAGAUGAUAGCUUAUUUGAUAAUACAAUUGCUCAAAGGGAACAACAGAAAAACCAUGUUAAGAAAUUAAAAGAAAAUGUUAAUUUAACUACUUCGACAGCAAAAGAUUUUUACCAACAAGACAAAUUGAAAACUGAAAAAGAUGAUAAAGUGAAAUCAGAAGAUGGGAAAUUGAACGAUGAGCGUAAGAGACAAAGUGUCUUGAUGAAACAAAAACAAUUGGAAGCUCAAAAACAAUUAAAAGAAGAAGUUGAAUUACCAUCCUUACCCCCUUUACCCAACAAAAGAUAUAGUUCAACUCCAGCUCCUUCUAGUUUGGAUCCUAGGGUUAACUCAUUAUUAAGAGCAAGAUCUUUAGCUACCCCUUCAAGCUAUGCAUCUUUGAGAGGUAGAGGUUUGAAUGAUAAAAAUAUUAAAGUUUUGAAAAAAUUAGGUAUUGAUGUAUUACCUCCUUCCCCUAAAAAAUUAAAUCAUAACUUGAAAACUUCAAGUUCAAGAAAUUUGAAUACUUACAUUGACAAUGUCGACAAUGACAAAGAAAAUAGUAACGAAACUUCAAUUGGCCAAUUCAAUAAAAAAGAAUCGACUUUUCAAAAUAGUCCCUCUUCGGUUUUGAAACCAACUUUUGGCAAUAAUUUAUCAAAUCGCCAAUCAAAUCAGUCUCAAAAAUCUUUAAAAUCUCAAACUAAUUAUAAAUCGAUGUUAAAUAAUAUCAAUGAAAACGGUUUGAGUACAGUUAUUGACAAUUCUCCAAUGACCGUUAAAAAUAUCAUGAUUAAAGAAGAACCAUUGCCAAAUCCAAGAUUUUCAAAAUUUUCGUUCAAUGGUUUAAUGAAUGAUUAUAAUAAUGCUGGUGAUCAAACUAUUUUGAAUAGUACAUUAACAACCGGAGGAACUGUUAUCAAAAGAAGUAAAGGUGAUAAAACUUCAUUGAAAACUAACCCAGGUAAAGGUUUAAUUGAAAAAUCUACCUUUAAACAUGAUCCAAAGGAUUCCAAAAAAUCUUCAAAUAAUUUAGUUGGUUUAGGAAUUGAUGUCACUAACAAUAAACAUGAUAAUACUGGGUUUUUAUCGGUUAAUAUAUCUGAUACUGAUGAAUUUGAUCUGAAUCAAUCUUUUGAUAGAAAUUCAAUCACCAAUGAUGAUCAUCAAACUCAGUCAGAAAGUACUAUCAUUGAAGAUGAUUAUAAUUUAUCUGAUGCAUUAAUAAAUAUGAAUCAAACUGGUCCAUUGGUUGAAAAUUCGGUUUUAGAAACUGAUUUUUCAAAUUUUUCAAUCAUAAGUUCUAGAACUGCUGAUAUUGGUCAAUUAAAUAAAACUAGACCAAGUAUUGUUGAGCAUCUGGAUAACUCAAAAGAUACUUUGAUAAUGCAUGACGAUCAGCAAAAUCAAGAUUACAAAUCUUUAUAUAAUAAUUAUCAAAAACUAUAUAAUCCUAAGAAAGAACUGGUCCAUUCAUCUAAAUUGAGCUUUAGUGCUGGGGGUAAUUCAAAUAUUCACAUUUUAGAUUCAAGCUCAAUUAAUGAACAUACAAGAGAUAAUGAUGAACAAGAUAUUGGAUUUGAAUUUAAUGAUAGCUAUGAUGAUACGGAUAUCAUUAUAAAUGAUGAUGACAUCAAUGAUUUGAAAUUUGAAGAACAAAGACAGAAUAGUACUUUAAAAAAAUCAAGAGCUUCAACAGAAAUUUUUUCAACAAUGACUGUACCUAAAUCAAGUAAUACUAAGACUGUCAGUAUUGAUUCUAAACCAACAAUGAAGAUUAAUGAAUAUGAACCUACAAAUACAAAUAAUAAAAAAAAAUCAGAAAAUUAUAAUCCAAUCGAUACCGAUAGUGAAAACUAUGGUAGCGGUGAUAAUGAAUCAUUCGAUCCUACUCAAUUAUUAGAUAAAAGAGAAUCAAUUUUCAGAAGAUUAAGUUUAAAACCAAAGAGAGACGCACCAAAACCUCCUCCAUUAAGUUCUUGGGAUUAUACUGAAAAUAGAGGGAUUCAUGAUAGAUUUUCUCGUAUAUCAGCUAAAAGUGGAUUAGGGUUUAACUCAACUCCUAAACAAUCUGGCUGUGAAUCGCCAACUAUAACUGGAUGGUUUAAGAAAUUCUUCAGUAAUUUAACUUCAAACACCAAGGGUCCAAAUGGUGAAAAAAGAAAAAGCUUAGUUAAAAAAUCACCUGCAUUAAAUGAAAAUGGAAACAAAGAUGUUUGCAUUAUUGACUCGAAUUUAUUAAGUGUUGAAUUGACUAGAAUCAUCAAAAAUCAAUUAGAGUUGAAAAAAAUUGAAGGUUCAAUAAGUAAAAUCGAUAUUGACGAAGAGUUUGGAUUAAUUAACGGUGUCAUACCAGCGAAAUUUUCAAAUGGUAGAAAACUUAAAUUCAAAAUUGAAAUUAUCGAUUUAACAAACACUAGUUCAUUGCAUCUUAUUAGAUUGAAAGGUAGUGAUAAAGGCUUCAGUAACUUAAUCAAUAUCGUUGAAUUCAUCAUUAAACAAGAGGAAGAAAAUCAGGAUUUCAGAAAGUCAAUUGGUAAGAGUUAA